AUGACUCGGGCACAGCAAACCAUCUCCAUUGGACUUUUGGUCACUUCGCUGUACCUAGCGCUCUAUCUGCAACUCAUCCCUCUGCCAGAGCUUAUUUUGACGGAGAUAAUACCUGUUCUGCCAUUCUGGGCGCUCGUAUCCUUCGGUUCCUAUCUCCUCUUCAAACUUGGAUUCGGCGUUUUCACAUUCAACGACGUCCCCAAGGCACACGCAGAACUCAUGAACGAGAUCGAUUUGGCGCGGGCUGAUUUGAGGACUAAGGGUGUGGAGGUUGACUAA